CUUUUACCGCCCUGCUCUCUCUGCGACCCUCCUCUCCCCAGGCAGGGUUGAGAGCAAGAAGGUGCAGGAUGUAGGCCUGCAGAAUUGUCAGACCCAGUGGCGGCUUUUGCCACUGGAAGAAUUUCCAACAUAAAACAGAGGAUCAGUUUGGGACAAUCGAUUCUGCGACCAGAGGUAGUGUCAUUUGGUUACUUUUAAAAUUCAGAUUUUCUGGUGUUUUCCAAUCACUCGCGACUGUAAUUUGAAGUUGGGUUCUGAGAUAAUACAAUCGCUGUCGCUCUAGUUUAUAAAGCUGUCCAAGAUCUGCCCAGUCCCAGAUGUCCUGGGUCCUCAGGGCCGCUGUGGUCUGCGCCCUUCUCCUGCAGCUGGAUGCCAGACCAUCCUGGACUCGGAUCCCUUUGGGUUCACACUCGCUUAGGUAUUUCUACACCGCUGUGUCCCGGCCUGGCCUUGGGGAGCCCUGGUUCAUAAUCGUCGGCUAUGUGGACGACAUGCAGGUCCUGCGCUUCAGCAGCAAGGAGGAGACUCCGAGGAUGGCACCCUGGCUGGAGCAGGAGGAAGCAGAUAACUGGGAGCAGCAGACUCGUAUAGUCACAAUUCAAGGACAGCUGUCUGAAAGGAAUCUGAUGACCCUGGUUCAUUUUUACAACAAGAGCAUGGACGACUCUCACACACUACAGUGGCUGCAAGGCUGCGAUGUGGAGCCAGAUCGGCACCUGUGUCUCUGGUACAACCAGCUCGCCUAUGAUAGCGAGGAUCUCCCCACCCUGAACGAAAACCCAAGUUCCUGUACAGUGGGAAACAGCACUGUACCUCACAUCUCUCAGGACCUGAAGAGCCACUGCUCAGAUCUGCUGCAGAAAUACCUGGAAAAAGGGAAGGAGAGGCUGCUGCGUUCAGACCCUCCAAAGGCACAUGUGACCCGUCACCCCAGACCUGAAGGUGAUGUCACCCUGAGGUGUUGGGCCCUGGGCUUCUACCCUGCUGACAUCACCCUGACCUGGCAGUUGAAUGGGGAGGAGCUGACCCAGGACAUGGAGCUUGUGGAGACCAGGCCUGCAGGGGAUGGAACCUUCCAGAAGUGGGCAGCUGUGGUGGUGCCUCUUGGGAAAGAGCAGAGUUACACAUGCCAUGUGUACCAUGAGGGGCUGCCUGAGCCCCUCAUCCUGAGAUGGGAGCCUGCAUGGUACCAAAAGCCUUGGAUUUGGAUUGUUGCCAUGGUUUUCAUUUUGUUCAUCAUUUGUCUCUGUGUGGUUUGCAUAUGCAUGAAGAAGAAUGCAGGUGGGAGAGGAAGGCGUGACACCCAAGAAGCAGGCAGAGACAGUCCCCAAGACUCUAGCAAGACUGUUGUGGAUGAUGAGGAGAUGGGGGUUUGCUUUUGGAAGAUUAAGUCCUGUAAAACUUGUCUAGGCCACUCCCCAGGAACUUCAGUUGGCGAGUCUUUACUGUCACCUUGACUGGAUUUAGGAUCAUCUGGGAGAUGCCCCUUUGAGUGGCUGGGCUGUGAGGACAGCAGGCCAGUUCUUGCCACCCUGGACAGAAACACAUCUCACCUUUCUGGCUCAAGGAUCUGAACACCUGUCUCUUGCCUACUCGGCUUCUAGUCAGGCAUUUUGUCACCUUGUCAAGGGUCCCAGGGACACAAAGCUCCCUCCUCUCACCCACAGCACUCUGGGUCCUACCCUCAGUGCUUCAGGGACAUUUAAUCAGGUCAAAUUGGGAUCAAUGGCUUUGAUGCAGAAAAGAACUGUGGACUAAUAGAGAUAGGGUUUAAUUAAAAAAUAUAUCUUUUUAAUUUUAAGGUGUCUUAAAUCUAUUUAUUUAUUGGGUAUGUGCAUGUGAGAGCUAUAGCGCACGUGUGGGAGACAGAGGACAACUUGCUGGAGUCAGUUCUCUUCCUCCACCAGGUAGGUCCCAGGGAUGGUUCUCAGGUCAGCAAACUUGGACACAGUGCCUUUACCCACUGAGCACCUGGCUGACCCAACAAAGUAUUUUUUGAAGGUCGGCUCAUUUGUUGUUACUCAUUUUUACUUGACUUUGACUUGGAGGUAAAAGCAGCCUACAUCUCUUGGCAGUCUGAUCUUGGCAUUUUUUCUGUGGCUUCCUUCAUUCUCUUGGCCCAAGGCUUAGCUCUGUAGCCUCUCCUCGGUCUCCAUAGCAACGCUUAGCUCUACAGCCUCUCUCCAUCUCCAUAGCACCUAGUCUCUACUGAACAAUACAUUGGUGUUUUGUUGCAGGACAGGUGGAGUAAGGAGAUGCUGGGUCUUGGAUCUUGGGGGCUGUGGUCCUGGGCUUCUUCCCUUCUUUGCUUGCUUUCUCACAACGUGUUGACUGGCACCAUCAGCUUCUUUGGAAAGACUGAAAAGCUUUCCGAUUCUGCAGUUCUUUGGGGCCCAGGAGUAUCUGUCAGUCCAGGAAUCUCCUUUUCUCCUUGGCUCAUGAUAACCGAGUUGAGGACUCAGACUGGCAUCCGUAACGUGCCUGCAGACAGACUCAGCCUGCCUCUCUCCAGCUUUCCUUGGUCACAACAGCAGGUGCACUUGGCCGUGGGUCCAGACACCUUGCUGGGACCUUCCAAGGGAAAGCCUUGUUUGCUGUUCCCAUCGCUGGUUCGGACCAUGUAUCCCUUUGACUAUUCACCAGAGGGUCAGCAGCUACUUGUGUGACCAUUCGCCUCUCCUGGAAAGUACAUAGCUUGCAUUCAUGCUCCAGGAGUUGCUGGCAGCCAGCGUCUGGGAAGGAGACAUCCAGCUUCAUCUUGUCAUAGCCGAACACCUGGGAAGGGCCAGGAAAAAGAAAAAAAUAAAAGCAUGUUAAUGUAGACUUUCGGCAGGAAGAUUUAGAGAGGUGCCAAGAAAAGAGAAAGAUAAAUGUUAAGAAAAAAUGGCUGCUGCUGGCCAUUAAUCCCAGCACUUGGGAGGCAGAGGCAGGGGGAUUUCUGAGUUUGAGGCCAGCCUGGUCUACAGAGUUCCAGGACUGCCAGGGUGAUACAAAGUAACUGUCUCAAAAGAUAUAAUUAAUUAAUUUAAAAGUAAACAUACUUUUAAGAAAUCAAAUAAAUCCAGAUCUGAAAUAUU